AUGGCGGACACGGUCUCACUGCUGCUGCAGGGGCUGCGCUCUCCAGAGGCGGAGGCGCGGUCCGAGGCUCUCCACGCCUUGCGGGAGCUGGUCGGCCACGAGACGAUCGAGGCCGGCGCUCUGCCCGAGGAGGAGCGGACGUACGUGUCGGCCGUGCAGCAUGCACUGCCCGAGAUGCUCGGCUCGGCGCUGCCCUACGAGCGCGCGGGCGGCCUGCUCGUGAUCGACGUGCUGCUCGAGGCGGAGGCGGACGAGGACGAGGAGGCGGGCGCGCGGCUCGCGCGGCUGUGCGACUACCUCCGCCUCGCGGUGUCGCAGGCGACGCACGACGAGUCCGCCCUCGCCGCGUGCGCCGUGGUCCUCGGCCGGUGGGCCCGCGUGGGCGCCUCGCUCGCCGCCGACGCCGUCGACGCAGAGGCGCGGCGCGCGCUCGCCACGCUGCGCGAGGAGGGCGCGGCGGCGGCGCGGGCCGCCUCCGCAAGCCGGCGCGGGCGGCUGAUGGCGUCGGGCGGGCUCGGGGGCGGAGGAGGCAGAGAGCGCGCCUCGUCAAACUCCUCCGAGGCGCGGCUGCUCUGCGCAUCGCUGCUGCUGCGCGCGCUGGCCGAAAACACGCCUGCGCUCGUCUACUCACGGGCGGGUCUCGCGCUCCAGCUGCUGUGGACGCCGCUGCUGCACCCGGCGCAGCUGGUCCGGCGGGCGGCGGCGGCUGCGCUCUCCGCGCUCCUCGUCCUCGUCGCGUCGCGCCCGUCGCACUACACGACACACUCGUACACGGAGUUGCUCGACACCGCCGCCGGCCACCUCGCUCGGCACAGCAGCGCGCCGCCUGCGCACCUGCACGGCGCCCUCCUCGCCGCCUCUGCGCUGCUGCGGCACGGCAGCGCCGACUUCUCUCCCGCGGCGUACGACGUCGUCGCGUCGGCGCUGCCGCGGCUGCUGCCGCUACGCAAGGACGCGACGCUGCACGUGUGCGCGCUGCAGACCGUCGCAGAGCUCGCCGCGUCGCCCGCGUGCCGCGCCGAGGCGCGCCUAAUCGAUGCGCUGGGCGUGAGGACCGUGCGCGCCUUCGCGCCGAUGGUGCUCGCGUCGGUGAGCGAGGCGCUGCUGCGCGGCGGCGGCAGCAGCCGGCGCGGCGUCUGCCUAGAGUCGCUGCUGCCGCUGACGGCGCUGUGCAGCAAGCUCGGCGAGGAGUUCCGCCCGCAGGCCGCCGCGCUGCUCCCGUCCCUGCUGCUGCUCCCCCUCUCGGCCGAGCUCGCCGCCGCGCUCGCCGCGCUCGCCGCCGCCACGCCCUCCCUCUCCUCCCUCGUCCGGGCGCGACUCCUCGACCUCGCCUCAGAGCCGCUGUCCGGCCUCCCGUGGCAAGCCGCAACCGCCGCAGACACCGAGUCGGCGUCGCCUACGCCCGCCGGGUCCGCCUCCCUCCACGCCGCCGCCGCCGCCGCCGGCGCCGCUCCGCCGCACUUGCCCGCCACUCCUGUCGAGGAGGACGUGUCCGCGACGUGCGGCGCCGGCGGCGCUGGCGGCGGUUUGGGCGGCGGCGCGGCGCACCACGCGGCGCACCACGCGGCGCCGGCGCGAUCGCUGUCCGAGGCGGUGCUCUUCACCCUCGCAAGGCCGCACAACGGCCGCGCAGCAGCCUCCCCCUUCCGGGAGGUCGAGCUCCGCUUGAGAGACAAGCGGCGUGCGCCGCCGCUCUCCGACCUCCGGCGCGCCGCCUCCGGCCCUAUCGGUGACUCGCACCCUGAUCCCGUCUCCGCCGAGGCCGCCGCCGCCGCCGGCGGCGACAGCCGCCCGCUCUUCCGCGGCGCUCUCGCUCGCAUGGCCUCCACCUCGAUGCCGCUGCUGCCUCGCGCGCUGGUCGUGCGGCGCGGCUCUUGCGACGGCGGCGCCGGCUCAGCGAGCCCCGGCGGCGCACGAGGGAGCGGCGGGCAGAAGAGCGCGGGCGAUCUCGCGGAGGAGAUUUUGCUACUGGCGAUGCGGACUCUGGCGGCCGUCUCGGAGGGAGGGCUGCCGACGCUCGGCUUCGUGCUGCGGCACGUCGCGCCUCGCACGCUCGCCAGCUCCGCCACGCUGCGCCGCGAGGCAGCCCUCACCGUUGUCGCUGUGGUCUCUCGCACCGCCGCGGGCGGAGGCGGCGGCGGCGGCGGCGGCGGAGGAGGAGGAGGAGGAGGAGGUGGUGGCGGCGGCGGCGGCGGCGGCGGCGGUGGUGGUGGUGGUGGUGGAGGAGGAGGAGGAGGAGGUGGUGGUGGUGGAGGUGCGUGGUCCGGGCGGGCCAGCAGCGCGCGCACGACGCCCCCGCCGUUCGGGGGCGAGUUUGGCGACAGCUGCGGCGCCCGCGAUUUGGCCGCCAGCCUCGACGCGCCGGGGUGCGGCGAGGGAGGGCUCGGGCACGGCCACUGGUGCGAGGGCGCGCAUUCGGCCGGCCGCGGCUCCCUCUUUGACUCCUCGUCGAGCGGCGCCAGCUCCCUCGCCCGCUUCUCGCACCGAGGCAGCAGCGCCGGGGAGGAGGAGGCGGCCGCCACCGCCAACGCCGCCGACGGCGGCAGCGGCACCGGCGGGUGGGCCGCGUGGGCGUGCGGCGGCAGCGCGGACGGCUCUCCGCCUUCCUCUCCGGCGAGCGGGCUCGCGGCUGGAGCAGGCCGCCGCGGCGUGUGGACCGCAGAGGCAGAGACGGCGGCGGCCAUCCGCGCGACCCUCUUCCGCGCGCUCGGCGCGCCCGACACGCCCUUCCGCCGCGGCCUCGCCGAGCAGCGGCGGCUGCGCACCAUCGGGCUCGCGCUCCUCGACGAGUCGACCGAGGUGCGUCUGCUCGCCGUCCCCCUCGUCGGCUCGCUCUCCACGCUCAACCCCGCCGUCGCCCUACCGAUGCUCCGCCGGCUCCUCCUCACCUUGCGGCGCGAGCUCGGCGCAGACCCGCCCGCGCCGCUCCGCAGCACCACCCGUCGCCGGCGCGAGGAGCCGCCCGCGCGCGCGACCAAGGGUGGCGGCCGCAGCCUCGGCAGCCCGGGGCGGCGGCUGAUCGACGAGCGGCAGCGGCAGGAGGGGGCGGCGCGGCUGCUGCGGCUGCUCUCCCGCCACUGCCCGCGGCUGCUGCGCACCUACUGCGCGCCGAUCCUGCAGACCCUCCUCACCCGGCUGCGCACGACGCUCCACGCGCCGACUGCCUCGGAGCUGCCGCUCGCUCUCGGCGCUGUUAGCUAG